AUGGUUUGUCGAGGCAUUAUUGGUCAAUAGGUUGGCACUCCCUUUUACAUUGCUCCUGAAGUGAUAAAUGGUGGAGAGUAAACUUAAGCAAUCGAUAUAUUCUCAUUAGGAAUCAUCUAUUAUUUGAUGAUGUGUAAAAACAAGCAUCCUAAUUGGCAGGAUGGAGUGAAAAAAAAAGAGUAUUGUAAAAUAAUCUCUUAAGAAUUUAGUAUAACUUAUCCUUAUCAUCUAUCUGAAAUGGCAUAGGACUUUGUUAGAAAUGCAGUCUGCCAUAAUCCUUUUGAUAGGAUUACUGCAGAACAAUGUCUUGAGCAUCCUUGGAUGUUAGGAGAACGAUCAAAAUCAUAACCCAAUUACUAAUAGAGAGAUUAAAUUGAGAUAUUCGUUUACCCAGAAAUUCUUAAUUAUCAUCAAUGCGUUGAAUAUUAUCAAAUUUAUAAGAGAUAGAUGUUAGGAAGAAAUAAUCAGAUGAAAUUAACGAAAUAAUGUUAAAUCAACAAAUUCCCAUUACUUCUCGUGUUCAAACAGAAACAUAUAAGUUUGAAUCGUCAUAGAAUCUAAAAUUUGAAAAAGAGUUUUGCACUUACUAAAACUUCUUCUCAUUAGGAUUUUACUACAAUGAAAAAUAGAUAAUUGAAUAAAUUUAAUACACAGAAUAGAUACUAAACCUAAUUGGACCUGCAUUUAUCAAUCCCAAAAGUGAAUAGUCAGAAAAAAAUUCAUGUUCAUCUACCUUCUAUCUCACCACAAUAAACUAAACAGUCUAAAUUUAGGUUUAAGUAAUCAUGA